UCAAGCGCCAUAAUACGCAGUGCGUUUUUCCUGUCUCCCGGCGACGCUACUGAAGGCCGACAUACCACGAACGAGCAAGUCUGAUUUUUGCUGCGAAAAAGAAAUAAUUUUUCUGAGUCUCGUGCGGCUGGAGUUGUCACAACCAAAGAUUGAUUCUACGCUUACUUUAAAGUAACGUAGGAACAACGCGUUCUCAAAAUAUGGACGACUCUAAGAUGAUGCAGUACUCGCAGAAAAGAAGUGACAGUCGUAGCCCAAGUCCCAGGCGAUCCAGAAACGACGACGACAUAAUGGAGUCACGCUCCCACUCCAAGUCCAAUAAAUAUCGAGAGCAAAAAGUGAAAAAUUAUUCGAGGUCACGGAGUAAUUCGAUUUCUCGCAGUCGCAAGUCUUAUCGUAGUUCAAAGUACGAUGGACGAAGCAAAGGAGGUGGAAGCAGAAGUCGUAGCCGAUCGCCUUAUCGAGGACGCACAUCGAGAAGUCGGUCUAGGUCUUACUCUAGAUCAAGAUAUUCCAGAGACCGUAACGUGUUUAGAUCACAUUCUCGGAGUCCCAUGUCUUCAAGAAGACGACAUGUGGGUAACAGAGAUAAUCCUACUCCGGGUCGUUGCAUAGGAGUCUUUGGUUUGUCUAUCAACACUACUGAAGAUCAUCUCUACCAUAUUUUUUCCAAAUAUGGACCUGUUGAGCGUGUUGUAGUUGUCAUUGAUGCUAAGACAAAGCGUCCUAAAGGCUUCUGUUUUGUAUACUUUGAAUCACUGGAAGAUGCCAAAGUAGCCAAGGAACAAUGUACUGGAAUGGAAAUUGACGGACGGAGAAUUAGGGUAGACUUUUCAAUUACUGAGAGGGCACAUACCCCAACUCCAGGAAUCUACAUGGGCAAACCGACACAUGUGUACGACAGUCGUGGAGGUGGCGGCAGUAGUGGCGGUGGAUGGGAUGGAUCCCGAGGCAGAAGAGGAGGUGGAGACAAAUAUUAUUCUUCAAGUGGAUAUAACAACAGAACAGGAAGCUACCGCCGUUCACCAAGCCCAUAUUACUCCAGUCGACGUCGGUCCUCGCGUUACGAAAGAUCCAGAUCACGCUCCUAUUCACCACGUAAGUCAAAUCGUUACAAGCACAACGAUUCGGAUUACAAUUCAGGCAGUACACGACAUGAAUCAGGGUGGAUGUAAAAUUUAAACGUUCCGUAUUUUAUAAUUAUUGAAUGAACUUUGAGGCUACAUUACUUUGUUCAAUUGGUUUGAAAUGUUUUGAAUAUGAAGAUAUUUUCAUACCGUAAUUGUAGUAAAUGCAAAAACAAGUAUGGCUGAAACAUGUUUGUGUUAACUGCCUCUCAUACAAUUUCCUUAUUUUAUUCUUUCCUAAUUUUCUUUUUCUUCUUUUUUAAUUAAAAUUAAAGAGUAAAUGCAUUGAAUACCUUAGAUUGAAUGCACACAGUGAGAAUGAAAUGAAUGAAAGCUUUUCAAACAAAAUAAAACGACAAUUACAGAACACGCGAUAAUUGCUUAAGUGUUACUACCCAAUUACCUGGAUAAGAAAAUUAUUGUUUUCGUUGCUUAAUGGAUUUCAGGUCGAUAUUAAGUGACACGGUAUUGAUGCGAGAGGCCAGGUGUUGGGAGCCGUUUGUGUGACAUGAUCCUUUGACUUAGACCCAAUCCAACCCUAUUUUCUUCUAUCUAUGUAAUCUCAGGGUCGCAAAGAUGCUAACUCCAUAAUUUACUACUAUUCUUACCUUCCUAUGCAUUGAAUACGUUUUUAUCUUAAUAAUUAUUACUAAUGAAUGGAAAAAAUGUUGAUGCAGACUUAUAUAUUUUUGCAUCAAGUAGAAAGGUCAGAAUAGAUAAAAAAACAUCCAUAUUUUCGUAGACCAGAUAUCCAUUUUUAUAAAAGAAAACGUGAAUGAAUUUAUCGAGUAAAUGACGAUGGCGAUAUUUUACUCGGCAGCGUUGUAUAAUAAUUAAUUAUUUCUGUAAAAGUUGGAAUAUAUAUUUAUCUGAUUUAUUAUUUUACUUUACUUUUAAAUUUUAAGCUUUAAUUCGUUUGCUUUAAAAAUCAGUCUUCUCGAUAUUCCAACUUUCUUGCGACUUCUGUAUCACGGUUAUGCAUUAUACUUUUCGAAACUGAUAGUUUUUUUCAAUACAACUGUGGAAAAAGUUGCAUUAAUAAUAAACUAACGUAAUUAGAAAAAAACAAUAAACGUGAAUGAGUAUUCGUAAGGUCUCUAACAUAUUUGUUUGUUUAUAAGGUUUUGAAUCAAGAGGUAUUGGAUGAUAGAGGGAAGUUUGCAAGUUUCACUCGCUCAGAAAGAAAGAAAAUUAAGAUUUUUGAAAGAAUUGAAGUCGAAGAUAAGAUUAAUGAAGAUCUUUUCUAUUGAAUCAUUGAAGAUUCUUCCGAAGGUUUUCGCGCACUUCUAGUACGUGAGAAAGAAUAUGAUCAGCUCUGAAUACUGAAAAUGAUUCUAUUCCCAGUCCACAAAGAAACUCAAGUUUCGAAGUUUUGAAGACCUACAAGCUUCAAAGACAUAUCAAGAAUGAAAUGAAAUAAGGGGUUGGCGGAAUUUUAUAGUUGAAAUGUUGGGGAUAGAAAGAGAAAGUAUCUAAAUGGUCGAUAGAGUAGCAGAGACUAUUUUGAAGUAUCAUCAAAUCAUUUUAUUUUUUAAUCUAGGUAGUAAAUGAGCAAAUACUGCUCUUGUUAGUUUCAUACGAUCAUAUUCUUUAUCAAUUAGUUCUGCAUUAUUUUAACAUCUUCAAGGUAUCGAAAAUUUCAAUUCCACUAUUCUCCAUUUCAAUAUCAACAUCCAUCCCUCCACCACUCCAAAUACCUCUCUUUCUUCAAAUUUUAAUUUUGUAACUUUUUAAUAUUUCAUGGCCAUAUUGAUAAAUUUUAGAACUCAUCUCACCUUUGGAUUUCCUUAUUAUAGAAUUAUUUUAAACAAGAAUGUUUUUUUCCCAAGAUAAAUUGUACUUAAUAUAAAACUAUUAAAACCCAUCAUAGUUUUAUAGAUAUAUGCAUCAUUUAGAAUCGUCUUAAAAAUUUU